AUGUCGACUUUCGGCAACACUACAUCAGGCCCUGUCGUAUAUACUGAGAUCGCCAACCCGGACUGUCGGUACCACUGGCUCGGGCAUGUUUACGAGAAUUGUCGCCCUGUCGUCGACACUGCGUCGGACCUGAUCGUCAGUAUCAACCUCGUUACCCCGGACCUCGGCCGUACCCGCUCGGGCCCAUCUGUGAAUGUCAAUAUGAACCGGGACCUGUGGUAUCAUCCACUCGGGCCUGUCACCGUCGGGGCCGAGUGCUUCAUCCCGGAUCUUCCUCAUCACCCGCUCAGGCCUGCCGGUGAGAAUGGAGGCCCUGCCAUUGAUCUGGUGAUCCACCUUCGGCAACACUUCUCAGGCCCAGUCGUUGACAUCGAUCUCAUCAUUCUAUACCUUCAUAACAUCACAUUGGGCCCAACCGUCAAUACCGACUUCAUCACCCUGGACCUUGGGCAUCAUCUACUUGGGCCUGUCCUUGUCACUUAUGGGCCCGGUCGUCAAUACCGAGACAACAUAGGCCCACCCGUGUCUAUCGGCCAGCAUUGGAUCUGGGCCCAACUUGGAUGGACCGUCUCACUCGGAAGAAUCUCAACUUCGGGUGUCCAUAUAACACAGAAGAAAGACGUGUACAUUGGCCUGCAAAACCUGGCCUACCGGACGACGGCCAGUGCCGGUGACUCUAGUAUAAAUGAUAUAUCUGCAGGACCUGGACAGGCCGGUAUCUCUACAUACCUGCAGUACCUGGACAGGCCGGUGUCUCUAGUAUAA